UGUUGUUUAUAGAGACAUGCUACCUGACUUGGGUCUGUUUAAGCAGAUUUAAAUCCACUACAACCUCUGACCCCUGGAGAAACCACUCUAAAAAACACAGUUGUGCGAUGACGAGAUUCUGUCUUUCAACCUCCCUUUCACAAACAGUCACACACACAGUUUACUAAAGUGGUCAGCUGCAGGUGACAGCGGACAGAAGGACACUGGUGGUUUUUGACACCAGUGAGGGUGAAGCCUAUUCACUGUCACCAGUAGUUCCUUUUUGCUCAUCAGUGGUCACAUAUUGCACCAGGCUGCAAACAUCCUCUGCAACAGUUUCCACCACCAUGGCUAUUACCGACGUCCUGGCUGCCUCAGACAUCACUUCGGCUAUUAAUGCUUGUAAAGGGAAGGAUUCCUUCAGCCCGAAGAUGUUUUUCAAAACAGUGGGUUUAUCCAAGAAAACUCCAACAGAGAUCGAGAGGGUCUUUAAGAUUUUGGACCAAGACAAAAGCGGCUUCAUAGAACAGGAUGAGUUACAACUGUUCCUGCAGAACUUCUCCAAAGGAGCGAGACUGCUGACUGCAGCUGAGACCAGAGCUUUCCUGCUGGAGGGAGACUCGGAUGGAGACGGGAAGAUCGGCUGGGAAGAGUUUUCUGCAUUGGUUAAGUCUUCUUAAGUCAUGAGUGACCCCUGAUAUGUUGUACGGUGAUCAUCUCAAAGUGGACCUCUUUGUAAAAUAUUAAUAGCUACAGUAAACAACAUGGACUCAUCCAGGGAUCGUUUGUGUUUAGAGUAAUUUGAUAUAAUGUCUUUUUAACUGAAAGUUAUGUGAUAAAGUAUUUCAUAUAAACCACAAAUUGAAUCUUGCCUCUCGGCUAUGUGUCUAUUCCUGCCAGAAAAGUGUAUAAAUAAAUAUACUUUUCUCCAUGA